AUGCUACCUAUCGUCUACGGUGCCUCCCCCGAGGAAUACUAUGACCGAGCGCCUCCCAACUCGUUCAUCCACGUGGACAACUUCAGAACAGUGAAGCACUUGACCGACUAUUUGUACUACUUGGACAAAAAUGACACCGCAUAUGCGAGUUACUUUGCCUGGAAGGAGCACGGCAAACUGCUGGUGAGUACAGAGUCACGUAUUAGUAGAUCCCAUCGUCUACUCAAGUCUCCAAAGUCCAAAUGUGUGACACCAAUAGCCUCCAUUGGUAGAUUGCCCUAAUUGUCCAUCGAGUAACUUCUUUUGCAAAGACGAUUGCUGAUUUGCGCAGUGAAGAGAUCAGCGUCGGGUUCUAUUGACCUGUAAGUCCCAGCUUACAGCUGAUUACGUAGGCAGUCAAUACUAAGUAUCCGUUUCACGGAAUCCCUUCGUCAAUAGUUAAAUUACACUCAGUGGUUCUGCUGCCGUCUGCGGGCUUUCAUUAUAAAAUGCCAAAUUUGUCUCCAAAAUUGCAGGAUGGUAUUCCAGGAGCUUUGCUUUUUCUCUACCAGCCGCAGCUUAAAUAUAGAACCAGAGAUGGUAGUACCUGGGUUCCAUGAUAAUUUUAAAACCGUAAAUUUAGGAAACAGACAUCAGUGCGUCGAUUCCAUAGGAACGACACGACUCAGGCCAUGUCCACAGAUUAGUUUUUAUAAGCGCAGUUUUCUCCCCAUGUGCGUGGAACUGCAAAGGCAUUUUCCGGUCGAAGUGAGUCACUAUUAUUCCUUGCAUUUUUACAACGCUGAAAUAAUAAUCGUGGACUUAAUCCUGCUAAGAAAAUUGGUGGACGAAUACGAAAAUACUACCGACAAACCCAUGAAUAAACGAAAUCGCUAUUUUCGACUUAUUUGUCGUGAUCAUUUGCCUAUACGAUAAGAAGUAGAAGCGAUCGCUGGAACAAGAGCUUUAUCUGCCUGACGUCUCGGAUUGCCGUUUGAACCCGUCUUCAGAGGCAAUGGCAUAAACGGGUGAUUCGUACACAGGAAGCUGCAGUAUUUAUAGGAUGCAGCCGCUAUGCCACCGUAUAGCUAUAGUAAUUAACUGCGCCCCCCCUUUAUCAAGAAUUGAUGCCCGUUGGUACACUAAUUGGUUGAUGGUCGGUAUGAAAGUUGUUGAUUGCUGAAAUAUAAUCACCCGUGUUGGAUGCUGGCGUAAUGAUGGCUCGUCUAUCUGGCUCAGCGGCCUACGCUCUCCCUGAGUGAUGAACUACUUUAUCCAGACUAUGCCUCCGCACGGAAUAUGUAGUGGGGAUGUCGUUACACUUGUUAAAGGACUGGGGCCGCAUGAACCAUAACUCAAGUAACUCGCGGCCGACGUGAUUAUCACCUCUCAUGAGAAUUUCGGCCUUAUCGAACUUGAGUGUGUGGCCCGGUCCCGUCGAAUAGGCUGCGACCUGAGAUUUGGCGUCGUUUCUCCGGACAGCUGCCGCCUGAUCGACGAUUCGCGUCCGGAGCAGUCUUCCAGUUUCUCCGACUUAGUUGCUUUGCCCGCAACUGUACCAGGUCCGGUAAGCGACUCCAGAUAUUUGUUGUCGUGGCAAUGGGGCUCUUGGUCGGUAGCAACCAUAAAUUCUGGCAAGCGGUCGCGUACAUCUAGGACGUCUCCGAGGCCGUUAGUCUCCUUCUCGCACCACUUGGGGUUGGAGUUGCACGCAGACCGGAGACCAACGUAAGGCGUUUGUACAGAAUAUAGGUCAUUCCGUUUUGCACUGGAACCACAGGACCAGUAUGAACACGGGCGGUCGCAUGGCAACAUCCACUCAAUAACUGAUAAGAAUAAUUACGAGAUCUUCCCCACGCGACCUCUCGCGUGUACCCGCGGGCGACUCUCCAAGUGAGAUGAAAUCGUUAAUAACUCGUUACUCUGUCAAAGCACUUCGGUGAACGGCAUUCUUACGUGGCCCGAGAACAUGCCACAAACUGCAUGCCAUCAUUUAGCGAAUAUAUAUUAAUCGAGUAAGUACGAAUCGUCUGAAGAUCAUAGGAGGGUAAGGAGGCUGUCAUGCAUGAACCUUCAGACCUAAACGGCAGCGUUGUUAGAUCAAGUGAAAGAAGACGAGUUGAAGACAUAUACAAUUACCGGAACACAAAUGUUUCCUGGCUCCAUGGGACUGAGUUCGGCGGCAGACUUUCGUGCGUUUUUGGAAGACACUGCUAAUACUGAUGAUCUGCAUAGCAGCUGCGAGCUUUCCACCGUAGAUGUUUUGUUAUCUCCGUAUGAGCAGCAUCCUAUAUCACCUUAUUGUUGUAGAUCUUAUUUAGCCCAUUUUGAAUUAAUGAUGUUAGCUUUAUGCAUCGAGGGAGCUCAGUUGUAGCGCACAGCCUGCAAAGAGUACCAGAUAGCUAACGCAAUGUGCAGGGACGCUGAAUGUUGAUUUUUAGAGUAUUUUAUUAACGAAUUCUAUUCGGUUCUUCUACAAUCUCCCAUAGUUCUGGCCCAGAAUUGACUGCCGCGUAUGUGGUGUUCUCCAUCACGUGCUGCAAGGGAAAAUUCAUCUUCAAAAAAAGUCUUUCGAGGAUUAUUUCGAUUCCAGGAAAACCUGCACAUCGGUGACGAAGAUUAGUUUGUGAGCCUGAUUACAAUUGUUGCCACCCCCACAGAACAUUCAUAAAGAAGCACUAGUAAGGGGUAAAGUCUGCGUGUUGCGACUUUCGGAAUUUGUAAAGUUAACGUAUUCUUUCACAUUUGACAUAAAGAUCCUUCCAUAAAAUGCCUUUCUUGAUGUCUGCUGAAAUGUAUUCCCUUCAGUUACUUUGUUAACCAUCCGUAGGUCUUCGUUUGAUUCGCAAAACGUUAUUUCAAUUUCGGUUUUACUUAGAAAAGUAUGGCGGUCCAAGCCAAAACGACUGUAUGCGUUACGCAACAAACAAUCCAUUCUGGACGGAUAAUAAUUUACUCACUUUAAUUCCAACCUAACCGCUAUCGAUCAAGUGAGUCGCGUUGGUCUACGUGCACUUCGAGGGUGUCAAGUGCUCUAGCAAACUGCCCGCCAAAUCCCUGCACGAAGAGCUGAUAUAGAGUGAUGAUAAGGCUUACUUUCUAAACUGUAAAUCAACGAUUCCUUUCAGAGUACAAGUGGAUACCUAGCUGAUUCAGAUAACUUUGUGGGUCAACUUUCACGGCAAAUGUAUAGCAUCAGGAAGCCGUGCUGGGGAUAGUAUCUGCUUCGAUCAGCGGGCAAGAUCAAAUGGUAGAAUUCUGCAUGUCUCUCCAACUUGAGGCCUUGCCUAAUCUAUUGAAAAAAGGAUCAUGAAAGAGAGGGAUUUAGGCGAUUAGGCGCCCAUUUGCCCCAUAUAUAAUCCUAGGUACACAUGCGUAGCUAUAAUUACGGCUUUAUAUUUAUAACUGGCAGGAAAAUACUGGGCUCGCUACUGAAAUCUACCUCGAAGUGAGUCCCGAUUAAUUUGGCCUUAGGUAGCACACACUGGUGCAAUCGUUGACUGGGUGAAGUCUGUUUCCUGUCGAUUACGAAGCAUUGUGACAAGGGGGAGGAACCCAGACGUGCAUCAGGAAAGCCGAAUUUGACCUCACUCGCUCGCGCUAAUCAACCGUCUGUCACUAUUGCCCCAGUUCAGGAGCCAUUCAGCAAGAACUUCCAGGAAAAGUUUGAUUUACAUGGAGCUUGACGGACGAGAUUUCGGUCGGAGCGUUUUCAUUAUUUUACGCAUCCAUGGUAAUUGGCCGCUGGACCCUGAUAAAUCCCAUGGAUGAUCACUUUAACAGGGGCAGAGCGUUUCGGGCGCCAGAACCGUAUGAUUGGUUUUGCAGCAGCCUACAAACCAGUCAGUGUUAUUUAAACAAGCACAGUUUACAUUGGAACAAGCAAAGAGGUUACCCAAGUACUAUAUCUUCAAACGUUGCUCAGUGGCUGUAGUCCUAAGACAGACAUGCCGUUGACACAAACUAACACAAACUCUCGUCCAAUUCACCCACCAGGCGAAUCACUGCACCAAAGCCGACCACAUGGAUUGCAGUGUGAAUUUGCCUGAUCCGACUUAUUUCCUCUUGUGAAUUUCUCAGAGCAGCAGCCGCUUAAGCCUUGAGGACCUGCCAAGCGUACCAAGAAAUUGGGCUUGCGUUCAACAAGAAGGCUCAGACGACAUGAGGGACUGUCAUACUACAAAAGCUAAUAGUAAUUGAAAUUACUAAAAAUAAAAUUGAUGUCGAAAUGGUGCAACAAUUGCUCCAGUCAAAUAGUUCUCCCAGUGAUAACCGUGCUUGCGGUGCGCGUUGUGCACGAAGCCAAAAUUGCCCGAUGCCGCGGAUCUGAGGCGUAACACAGUUCUGAAGUGUGAACGGCAUAGCAUAUCACUCGAUGGAAGGGUCGUCCGUGGAAAAUAAGGAAGAAAUUUCGGGCGGCGGAAGCAGAUGUUAGUUAGACCACUACAGUAGGUGGGUUAACUCAUGAAAGGUCAACCGAAAUUCUGAAAUGCGUCCUCCGGUUCGAAAAGAUUAAUUAAGUAGGGUUGUAAAACUAAUCACCAUGAAGCAUAAUUCAAUAAUGAUUCACUUUCCUCAGGAUGUCGGCUUUCGAAUGAACUUAUUUCUGGACUGCAUGCAAGAACUCUACACUGCAAAAAGGACUACUUAUGUAGCAUGCGAUUUGCUCAUUGAUUUUCGAGGCUCUUGAAAAUUCAAUUAUAUUGCCUGGAAACCAUGCAUAAAAAUAUUCAUUCGUUUACUUAUUCGGAACUAUUUGAGCUAAAGCGCUUCGGUCCUGUGAGGUUAUAUUCACUUGUUCAGGGUUAGGGUAAAACUGUGCCUGUGUGACAAUGUGCCAGCAACACCCCACGUCGACGCGUUUGCAACGUUCGUGUGCUUUUCAGGUUCUCCCGUCCACGGGCAACAUUUGGCUAUUUUUAUCCUCCUCCUCCUCCUCCUCCUCCUCCUCCUCCUCCUCCAUCUUCCUCUUCUUCUUCCUCGCCCCGUCCUUGCUACUCAACUUCACCUCGUCACUAUUCUUCUUAAUCCUUAAGUCUAACCUUGGACACAUUUCCUAUAUUAUGGCAAGACGAAUAUUAUCAAAAUACGAAGCAGUAUGA